AUUGUUUAUAAAUAAGGGCAUACAUACAUAUUAGCUGUUUAAAUGUACCUAUAUUAUUUAGUGUGAAACAUUUUGUGUACGCGUAAGAUGUACACGUAAUACUAUAAGUACAUUGUUCCACGUUUUACUGUGCGCAUCCAAGGACAACAUUUAAGGAGAAAUGGCGAAGUCUGCGUACCUCCUCGUAGCCGCCCUGGCAUUGGCCCACGUGUGCGAUGCCUACAAAGUCCUGGUGAUGUUCCCGAUGGUAGGCAAGAGCCACCAGAUCCUGGCCGGAGGGGUGGUGAGGGCCCUACUGGAUGCUGGACACGAGGUAACGCAAGUCACACCUUUUCCUGACAAAAAUUUGCCACCGAAUUUACGACAAGUGGACAUUAGCGGCAGUGUCGAUGACCAAUUCGUUAAAAUGCUCAACGUGACAGCACUGCUGGAGAAGGAGGUGAAAAUGGGUAUCUCCUCCAUGAAAGGGUUUAUAGAAGUGAUGAACAAGAUAGUGUUGAGUGACGUCAACAUGGUGAAGCUGAUGAGCGACACCACGGAAACAUUCGAUGUAGUCAUAGCUGAAUGGAUGUUCUGCGAUACUUACGCCGGAUUAGGCCCCGUCUUCGACAGCCCUCUCAUCUGGUUCUCCUCCAUCGAGCCCCACUGGAUCAUCUUGAGCCUGAUCGACGAGAGUGUGAACCCAGCCUACGUCCCUGACAGCAUGUCCAGCAACGUCCCGCCUUUUAACUUCGUUAACAGGGUCAAAGAACUAUUUUAUCAAGCUAUGGGCCUUCUCUUUAAAUUUUUGUUUAUUGACAGUUUUCAAAGUGAACAAUACGAGAAGCUUCUUGUCCCCUACAUCGCUAAAAGAGGGAAGCCCGUCUACCCCUUCGACGUCGUAAAAUACAACGCGUCUCUAUUCCUGGGAAAUUCCCAUGUUUCCCUUGGAUUGGCGACUAGGCUACCACAGGCGUACAAACCCAUUGGUGGGUAUCACAUCGAUCCCGUGGUCAAACCUUUACCAAAUGAUUUAAAGAAUAUUUUAGACAACGCGAAGAAUGGGUUAAUCUUUUUCAGCAUGGGAUCGAACUUGAAGAGUAAAGACUUCCCAGAAGUACUGAAGAAAGAAUUUCUGCAAAUAUUUGGUGGUUUGAAACAAACUGUUCUAUGGAAGUUUGAAGAAAAACUCCCGAAUCUCCCUUCAAACGUUCACAUCGUGGACUGGGCGCCGCAGCAGAGCAUUUUAGCCCAUCCCAACUGCAUUAUUUUCAUCACUCAUGGCGGGCUCUUAUCUACCACCGAAGCUGUCCAUUUCGGCAAACCUAUCAUUGGAAUCCCUGUUUUUGGAGACCAAUUCAACAACAUCGAUAGAGCUGUUAAGAAAGGCUUUGCUUUGAGAGUUGAUCUGGCAUACGAUAUGAAGGAGCAUUUAAGAGAUGCCAUUGAUGUACUUCUACAUGAUAAAAGGUUCACGGAGACGGCGAAGGAGCUAUCGUUAAUCUACCACGACAGGCCGGUGCACCCUAGGAAGGAGCUGGUGCACUGGGUAGAGCACGUGGUGAAGACACGAGGUGCGCCGCACCUCCGCUCUCCAGCCCUGGACGUGCCCCUUUAUCAGAAGCUAUACUUAGACCUCCUCGCUUUAGUAUUGGCAGUUUUGUACGUUCUGAAGAAGAUUAUAGUGAAAUUAUGCUGUUCUAGGAAAAAGGUUGAUAAGAAAGUGAAGAAGAAUUAGGUCAUGUUAACUAAUAUCGCUAAGCUUUAAUGUGAAUAAGUGAAAGUAAUAAAAAAAUUCCUAUGGUUUGUA